AUGACCGUCCUGUCUAUGCAGCGUCAGAGGUUGAUCCCAGCUGCACGUGUACGACCCGUCACAGUCACAUUCUCUGCGGAAAGUAGACGCAACUACAGCUACAGCUACAGUUACGGCCGCCAGCAGCGUCAAGCCUCCUCGAUAGUAGCUCCGGAUUGCGGCACCCGAAAACCCUGCAGAUCGGCCAGUUCCCAACUUCCCCUUCCGGUUCAGGCACGCCAUAUUUCUUCCUCCGCCCGGCCUCCAGUCUUAUUUCAACCUCACACUCGACUUGGUGCCUGCGAAGUGACUCUCGCGAAGGACAAGCCAUUCCAUCCCGCAGCUCUUCGCCGGUCAUUCUCGACAAGCUUCCCCGCCAUGGCCGCCACAAAGCUUGACGGGACUGCUAUCGCAAAGUCGAUCCGUGAGAGGCUUGCUGCUGAGAUAGUCGAGCGCCAAAAGACCAGCCCGAAGUACCAGCCAUGCCUCAAGAUCAUCCAAGUCGGUGAUCGAUCUGACUCUUCGACCUAUGUCCGCAUGAAGCUCAAGGCUGCUCAAGAGGCCAACAUCAGCUGUGAGCUGCUGCACUUUCCUGAGACCAUCACCGAAUCAGAGCUAUUGGCACACCUGCACAUACUGAACAAUGACGCUGCGGUAACUGGCAUUUUGGUCCAGCUGCCGCUGCCCAAGCACAUUGACGAGUAUACUGUCACUUCUGCCGUCACUGAUGAGAAGGACGUCGAUGGCUUCGGCACCACCAACAUCGGCGAGCUUGCCAAGAAAGGUGGCCACCCUUACUUCGUCCCUUGCACCCCCAAGGGUGUUAUGGUGCUGCUGAAGGAGGCGGGCAUCGAUCUUGCUGGCAAAGAUGCAGUUGUUUUGGGCCGGAGCGACAUCGUCGGCAGCCCUGUCAGCUACCUGCUGAAGAAUGCCGACGCAACUGUCACCGUAUGCCACUCCAAGACUCAGAACGUCGCCGAGAAAGUGAAGCAGGCCGAUGUUGUCAUAGGAGCGAUAGGCCAGCCCGGUUAUGUGAAGGGAGAAUGGCUAAAGCCGGGGGCUGUGGUCAUCGAUGUUGGCACCAACUACAUUCCUGAUGCGUCCAAGAAGUCCGGCCAACGUCUCGUGGGUGAUGUUGACUAUGAAUCGGCUUCUCAGGUUGCUUCAUACAUCACACCCGUUCCAGGUGGUGUUGGUCCAAUGACGGUUGCCAUGUUGUUGCAGAACGUCGUCGACGCCACAACCUCCUACUUUGAACGGCAAAAGCAGAGACAUAUUGUCCCACUUCCUCUCAAGCUCGAGACCAAGGUGCCCUCGGACAUCGAAAUCUCAAGAUCACAACCACCGAAACAAAUCACACGAAUGGCAGAAGAGGUUGGCAUCGCACACCAUGAACUGGAGCCUUACGGUGCAUACAAGGCUAAGGUCGAUCUGACCCUGUUGAAACGCUUGGAGCACCGACGUAAUGGUCGCUAUGUUGUCGUGACUGGCAUUACGCCUACGCCCCUCGGUGAGGGCAAGUCUACCACUACCAUGGGUCUCGCUCAGGCCUUGGGUGCUCACCUAGGUCGAUUGACCUUCGCAAACGUCCGACAACCCAGCCAGGGCCCUACCUUCGGUAUCAAGGGUGGAGCUGCGGGAGGUGGUUACAGUCAAGUCAUCCCCAUGGACGAGUUCAAUAUGCACCUGACGGGUGACAUUCACGCUAUUUCGGCGGCGAACAAUCUGCUUGCUGCUGCCAUCGAGACCCGCAUAUUUCACGAGAAUACGCAAAAGGAUGGUCCUCUGUACCGGAGACUGACGCCCUCCAAGAACGGCAAGCGGACUUUCGCGCCGGUCAUGUUCCGCCGCCUGAAGAAGCUGAGAAUCGACAAGACAGAUCCAAACGAGCUUACAGAAGACGAAAUCCACCGGUUUGCUAGAUUGGAUAUCGAUCCUGAGACCAUCACCUGGAAACGUGUUCUGGAUGUCAACGAUCGUCAUUUGCGCGGUAUCACCGUUGGCGUGGCACCCACUGAGAAGGGCCAAACCAGGAACACUGGCUUUGACAUCUCAGUGGCUAGCGAGUGCAUGGCAAUCCUUGCGAUGAGCACGAGUCUUGCCGAUAUGAGAGAACGACUUGGCCGAAUGGUUGUCGCUAGCUCGAGAUCCGGUGAUCCUGUAACCUGCGAUGAUAUCGGAGCUGGAGGCGCCUUGACUGCACUGAUGAAGGACGCCAUCAAGCCAAACUUGAUGCAGAGCUUGGAAGGCACGCCGGUCUUUGUGCACGCCGGCCCUUUCGCCAACAUCAGCAUUGGCAACAGUUCCAUCCUGGCAGACAAGAUGGCCCUCAAACUCACUGGAACCGAACCGGACGAGGACCACAGCGCCAAGGCAGGUUUCGCCGUGACUGAAGCCGGCUUUGACUUCACGAUGGGUGGCGAGCGGUUCUUCAACAUCAAGUGUCGCGCAUCUGGCCUCGUGCCUGACGUGGUCGUCGUUGUCGCAACUGUCCGUGCCUUGAAGGUCCACGGUGGCGGUCCGCCCAUCGCCCCUGGAGCAGCUUUGGACAAAGUGUACAUGGAAGAAAAUGUCGAGGUCCUACGCAAGGGUUGCGUAAACUUGAAGAAGCACAUCGAGAACGCAAGGGCGUACGGAUGUCCUGUCGUCGUCGCCAUCAACAAGUUCGCCACGGACACCGAUGCCGAGAUCGCCGUCGUGCGUGAGGAGGCCAUCUCGGCCGGAGCCGAAGAUGCAAUUCUAGCCAACCACUGGGCCGAAGGUGGCAAGGGAGCUAUCGAACUUGCCAAGGGCGUCAUUGCCGCCUCGGAGAAACCCAAGGAUUUCAAGCUGCUCUACGACGUGGAAGGUGGCUCCGUCCAGGAGCGCAUGGAAACCAUCUGCAAGAAGAUGUACGGUGCCGCCGCCGUCGAGUUCAGCGAGGUCGCCCAGAAGAAGGUCGACACGUACACGAAGCAGGGCUUUGGCAACCUGCCCAUUUGCAUUGCCAAGACGCAGUACUCGCUGUCGCACGACCCGGACCUCAAGGGCGCUCCGUCGGGCUUUACUGUGCCCAUCCGCGAUGUUCGCAUGGCUGCUGGUGCUGGAUAUCUGUACGCUCUUGCGGCUGAUAUCCAGACCAUUCCUGGCUUGCCUACCGCGCCGGGAUAUCUGAACGUCGAUGUCGACUGCGAGACUGGCGAGAUCGAGGGGCUUUUCUAG